AUGCGCAUGUUCGAAGAGCCCGAGGACCCCAGUAACCGCUCCUUCUUCUCGGAGAUCAUCUCCUCCGUGUCGGACGUGAAGUUCAGCCACAGUGGCCGGUACAUGCUCACCCGGGAUUAUCUCACGGUCAAAGUCUGGGACCUGAACAUGGAGGCGAGGCCCAUAGAGACCUACCAGGUCCAUGAUUACCUUCGGAGCAAGCUCUGUUCCCUGUAUGAGAACGACUGCAUUUUCGACAAGUUUGAAUGUGCCUGGAACGGGAGCGACAGCGUCAUCAUGACCGGGGCCUACAACAACUUCUUCCGCAUGUUUGACCGGAACACCAAGCGUGACGUGACCCUGGAGGCGUCGAGGGAGAGCAGCAAGCCCCGGGCCGUGCUCAAGCCGCGGCGCGUGUGCGUGGGCGGCAAGCGCAGGCGGGAUGACAUCAGUGUGGACAGCCUGGACUUCACCAAGAAGAUCCUGCACACGGCCUGGCACCCGGCCGAGAACAUCAUUGCCAUCGCGGCCACCAACAACCUGUACAUCUUCCAGGACAAGGUGAACUCCGAGAUGCACUAGGUGCGCGUGGAGCCCCGUCCCGGACACGAGCAGCGCAGCCCGGAGCGGCCCUGUCCCUCCGGCCCAGGCGGCCUCUGCUGGCCACACUCUCUGUUUGAAGACAGGAGGCAGGAGGGCUCACAGCCACAGACCGUGAAAUGGACGUGAUCGUGGCCUUGGGGUCCAGGCCCUUCAUUCCCGUACUUAACCGUGAGCUGCCUGUUCCACGAUUAGGACUUAGACAUCUCUGGGUUCAUGCUUGUCUUCUUCCAGCAGCAACUUUCAGGGGAAGUGGGCGCCCUGGGAACCACCGCCCCCAGGCCCCAGAUCAGGGCUCUGGGGACAGAGGACAGACUCAAACAAGCCAGCCAGGGAUUCUUUUGGUUAUCAAUGGAGCAAUUUCCACUGUCUCAGAGCCGAGGGUCUUCCCUUGGCCUUUUGGAUCGUGAAUUCAUGCUGAGAAUUGGCAGGUGCAAGCUCCUCUUUUAGUGUCUUUCAAUACCCCAGGUCCGGCGUUUCCUGAGAGGAAAGGGGGCACUGAAACCCGCCCGUGUGUGUGUGCCUGUUCUUCUCACCACGUACCCAGCCUUUGCUGAGCGUGGGCCGGGGGCCAGGCACAGUACUCGGCCCGUUAGGUGCGUGGAUUCAGUCCCCGCUCCGUGGGGCUCUCCUGUCCUGCUUCACGGUCACCGGGCACCUCGUGGGAACUCACAUGGGCCCUGUCCGUGACCCUGUAAGGUGGGUGUCCGUUCACUUACUCCAUAAACACCAGCCCCUCACUGAGUGCCAGGCUCUGUGCCAGGCGCCAGGGACGAAAGGUGGAAUAAUUACCAUCCCCACUAUACACACGAGGCAGCGGGCCCCGACAGAACGAACAGUUUGUCUAAGGCACGCAGCGACCAAGUGGUGGAGUCAGGAAUCCCGAGCACUGGGUGCUUUCUGAGCCACCACGUUGGCAGCUCGCAUUAAAGCAGCGUUCUUGCCUGGAAGGUUCUGGAAAUACCUCUUCAUCUUGGGAGGUGGGCGAUGACGAGGGUCCGGGGCGACCCGAGCCGCAGCACGGAGAAUGGAGAAGACCCCGGUGGUGCCAAGCUCUGUGUGGUGACUUCAGACCCCCACCCUCUUGGGGGCGCCUCGCUGCACCCACAUCUGUGCCCCAGCCCCUUGUUCAGGUGCACUGAGCUGCCUCCAGGUGGAAAUUGCAUGUUAUGACCAUUUCAAGAUACAUUUUCUUUAAUGACCCGGCCUCGGAGGACUCUUUCCUGAGGGCCUCAGAGAACGCCUGUCUCCGCAGCACCUGCUCCUACCACGUGGUGGUGGAGACCAUGUCCCCCACCCCCCACUCAUCUUCUCUGCCUACAAUUACAGCGAACCACUGGCUGUGCGUGGGAUUCAGAGAACAGAGUGCAGAGGCCGAAGCCAACAUUUUUUUUUUACAAGAAGUAACCCAACCCAGGAAACAGACCCACCCGAGAUUUUUCUCAGUGGAUAAUGGUAUACCUUUGUGUGUGUCAAAGCACAAAACGCAUGUGCAUUCACUUCUGGCCAUAUGAUAUUUACACAAGGAAAUGAGUCCGUUGUUUCGUUUUGGGUUUUUUUGUUUUUUAAAUCAACAUGAAUGAAGAAUGUUUGUUUAUAUAUCACUGUAAAAUCCAGGUGACCUGGACAGUAUUAUAUGUACAUAUCUAUUCUAAUUAAAAUUAACAAUCACAGGAUUGGAUUCCUUUUUUUUCCCCCUUUGUAAAGAGGUUCAAGAAUGUGGUACCUUGUAUAGAAAACUUGUUGAAGCCAAAAUCCAGCUCUGAGGGCCUUACACAAUUACGCGGAUAUUUGGCACAAUCCGUUUCCCUUUGUGAUUCAGACGCUAAGAGGAGACUUGCUUUUGCAGUUGGAGGUUACUGUCAGAUGGUAGAUUUCACAUUUACCUUCUACAGAGUAACAACCCUUAACACUGCAUUCAAAGGGAGGUCUUAAUACAGUUCCUGGUUCUUUACUCCUGUUUUAAACUUUGGAUACCAAGCCAAAAAGGAAAAGAAAGAAAGAAAAUUGAUCUUAGAGGAAAAGCAUGUCUUCAGAUCCCUGGAAAGUCGUGAUGUCCAAAGCAAGUUGUGAAUAAUGACACAUGUUGGGAGGGGGGGCAAGACUAGACGUAUGUGGCAGACGGGCCAGUAAAAUAGUCACAAACUCUGCUUCUUACUGUUUAAAUUUUCUGCUCUUCUUGAAUGUAUGAGCGUUCACAUAGUCAUUGUGAAGUUGUUGGGUUGUUCUGUUUUUAUUCUAAUACUCUGAGGACUGAGCUCUUGGUGGCGUCGGGUAUGUGGUGGUAGGUAGACAGACCUGAUCACUUUGGAUUCCGUAGCUCAUGGGUGCAUUCUGGUUUUCUUCGGUAUCUCAGAUUAUUCAACUGUUGAAUAAAAUUAUAAAUAUGUUAAUACCAGCUUUUUCCAAUAAAAUAACAAAUGUUACAUCGAA